AUGCCAGGGAACGAGGAGUUACCGGUGUGGGGUGGAGGGGGCAGGGGGCAUGGACCCCCCUACGGCAGAGACCGAGGAGAGCGCAUUGACAGGGUGGAUCGCGGUCGUCGCGACUUUCCGGAACGGCCCCCCGGCUUCGCCAGGAACGUGGCGCCAAUUGCCCCCCCCCAGGGCCCUGUUCCUUUGAAGCGGAGGGGCCCCGGGCGGCCUUAUGUCUAUGGAGAGGCCCGCUAUGGCCCCCCCGGAAUGCGCGGCGCAGAGGUUGGGCCGGCCCCGUUCUUGGAAGGGGGCCCUCCCCCGCCGGCAGCAAGGAGGCCUGAGCGGGACGCAUUCUAUGCGGCAGGGUCACCUCCAUACGGUCCAGCGGGUGACUUUGCCCGGCGAGAAGCAGGGAGGGAUGUCGGGUAUGGCCCGGAGGUGCCAGGAGAGGGACCAGUGGCACGCGGAGCGUUUUACCGCGAGCGGGGAGAUGCGGUUGCGCGGGACCUGGAUGGGGGCCCCGGCUGGCAGGGAAGAGAGCCCCCGCCGCCCAUGGCAUUGCGCGAAUUCAGAGAGAGGGAGCGCGUGCGCAGCUUGGACCGGGGCUACCGCCGGCCUGGCUUUGCUGCUGCCCCGUAUGGCCCCCCGCCGCCGCGCGACAACCGAGUUGACCGUUUUGGUCGGGAGUGGCUCCCAGACACCACAAGACGACCACCCGCUGCCUCUGACGACCUGCCACCUGUUGACUGGAAGAGCUUGGCAGAACUGCCGAGCCCCAGGGAGGGCAGCGGGGGCCGAGACCUACCCCCGCGCGAGGUGGGGGGGCCGGGCCUGGUUGCCAGGGAGGUGGGCCCUGGAUUCAGGGAGGGGCUAGGACCACGAGAUGGCGGUUUCACCACGCAAGAGGGGCCGUUGACGGCACGGGAUGGUUUUGGAACGCGCGAUGCAAGUGUGGCGCCCCCUGUUCCGGAGCCGCUGUAUGCAAGGAGGGAAGCGGCGGUGGGCUCAAGGGAUGGGUUUGGGGGCCGGGAUCUGGGUCCUCUCAGCACAAGAGAACCUCCCUUUGGGUUACGGGACGGAGGGGCAGCUCUCAAGGAGGGGCCGUACUUCCCUCGCGAAAGGCCGGGGCCUUCUCCCUGGCGCACGAGCAUGGCGUCACCACCAGGGUCCGUGCCGGGAAAAGGGGGUCUGAGGGAUAGGGAGGAUUUUCCUCCCCGAAGAGAAGGCCCGGGAGAACGAAUCGACUUCAACGACCAACCAGGGCCUGCAGAGAGAAGGGGCGAUGAGCGGCCGGCGCUGUUCGAGCGGCUGGCAGAGCGCCCUGGAAGGGCCCCUGAUAGAACAGACCGUUCCCCGGGAGUGUUCAUCAGCCCACCCCCGCAUCCAGAAUACCCGCCGGACAAGCCAGCGCUAGACAAGGUGUCACCGCGGGGCCUUAGCAGUGCGAAAGGCUCGCCUCGGAGCGAGAACCGGCCUUCGCCGAGGUCGAGCGAGGCUGCGGCAUCUCCACGCCGUCCCACCGAGAAGGCGCCUCCGAAAGACAGUAGCCUCGCAGACAGGGCUGCGGGCGCGGCUCCCCCAGUUGCCGCUCCCGUUCUGUCUGUCGCGCCCCUGGUGGCCAGCAUCGCUCCGUUCAGCAGCCCUUCCCCCUUGGAGCCGUCCAUGUCGGGCCAGAGCUCGGAGGCGCGGGCAGGCGAGCGGCCGCGGCCCCGCCUGGGGUGGGGCCAGGGCCUGGUCGCGUUUGAGCGGGUGAAGCCGAAAGACGAGGAGGAGCAGGUGUCGAGUGCCAGGAGGUCGUCCGGGGCGGAUGCCGGCCCCGAGAGUGUGGGCGUCUCGCCGGCCGUCUCGGAGAGCAAGAGCGUGGCGCACACGGCGGAGCCAGAGGGGGGGGUAGUCAACAGUCUGCAGAUGCACAAGGACGAAGGCAAGGAGGCGCCGCCAGCUGAAGCGGCAGAGGCAGAGAGCGAGCGUGCCCGAGUAGAGGCCAGCCCAGCCACUCCUGACUCUGGCAAGCUGGUCGACUUGCUGUUGAAGACUGCCGUCUCCGAAGCUCUGGCGCUAGACAGCGAGGCAGGUGCGCCAAAGGCGCAGCCGUCGCAGGCGCCUGUCCCAGAUCCGCAGGCCCCGACGAUCAAAGCGGAGGCUGUCACCCCCAAGGUCGGCAAGAGCUCCCCCUGGCCGCAGAGUCUGUCGGCCCUCUCCGAGAAAGAGGUGCCACCCAAGACGGAACCGCCCAUGACAUGGCCGCAGAGCCUGUCUGCGCUGACGGAGAAAGAGGGGCCGGUGAAACCUAGGGAGGCGGCUCCCAAGGAGGGCCCUGUCGUUAGUGUUGACAUGGGUCCGGCCACCGUAGAAGCGUCUCCAGCAGUCAAGGCGUCCCCCUGGCCGCAGAGCUUGUCGGCGGCGAUGGGGCUGGUCUCAGCGCCGGAGGGCUUGGCGCCAAUCAGGACUCCAAGGCUGGAGGAGCAGUCGCCCGCAGGGGCAUCCGACGCGGGCGCAGCGAAGCCGGUCAACCCGUCCGACUCCAUCCCGACAAGCCCUUUGAGCCCCACCUUCCCGCAGCCCAGCAAAGAGGAGCCGCCCGCCUUCCCCCUCAGCGCGUCCACCCAGCCCAUGACCUUCUCGUCUCUAGUUGGCUCCAGCCUCCCGGAGCCCUCGCACCGCAGCCCCUUUGGGGACGCGGCGCGCUUGACGUCGCCGUAUCAGGACGGGCCUCGCCGCAGCUACCUGGAGACCCGGCCGUACGGAGCGUCGCCGGGGUUGUUCUCCACGGGGUUCCAUCGCAGCGACAGCGGCAGCCUGGGGCUGGGCGGGGCAGCGUGGAAGCCGGAAGACUAUCUACGCAGCGAUGCGGGCUUCAGGAAGGACGGGGCAGUAGAGGCGGGAGAGGGGUCGUUGGGGCGCACUCCCUCGGAAGCCGUAAACCUGAAGGAGGCAGUGCUGGCCAGCGUGGGGGAGAGGGGGGGUCUGGAGAGUGGCCAGAAGACCCCCCCGCCACAGGCACGGGUUGAGGCGGCUGAGAAAACCGAGGACCAAUCUAGCCCCAUGCAGGUGGACGGUCCCGUGGUGGCUGAGGGGGUGGCAGAAGGGGAGCGGAAAGUGGAGGAAACAGAAGAGGAUGGACCGGCAGCGACCGAGAAGCCUGGGGAGGGGGCAGCCGCCGAAGAGGUCGGGACGGGAGAGCCGAGUAAAGACGUGAUCCUGUCGGAGAUGGAGCAGGUGGACUCGGAGAUUGAGCGGCUGGAGAGGCAGCUGUCGCGGAUGGCAUCGCUGGAGAAGAGCGGGGCGCUGGCGAGCACCCCGACGGCGCAGGCGUUGGCGGAAGCGACCGGAAUAGUGGGCGUGCAGGCAGAGGCAAUGAAGGGUUCCCAAGAGGCGGAAGGAGCGACAACUGCGGAAGGGUUGAGCCAAGAGACGGGGAUUGAAGGGGUGGCUGGCAGCAAGCAGCUGGGCGGGACUGGGACUGAGAAGGAAGAGGCCCCUACGGAAGAGGAGGGGGCGGAGAAAGGCGGGGAGGCUGCUGCAGAGGAGGGGCCAGGGAAAGGGCGGACGCCCAAGGCGAGUGAGGGCCCUCCAAGCAAGGCGGGGAGCUUAAAGUGGAAGUGGGCAGUGGCCGGCAACGGGGACCUGUCACCCGACACCGGUGCAGGCAAGCAGGAGACCGGGGCUGCAGCGCAAGAAGUUCCUGAAGCCGGGGAGGAAGCCGCAGCCAAGCCAGAGGGAGACGAAAGGGGAACAGAGGGGGCAGCGGCAGAGGUCAAGGAGCCUGCCGCGGCGCUGCAGGCGAAGCGGGACUUCGAUCCGCUGGCCAUGGGGGGCCCUGACCCGUUCCUCAAAUUCGAGCAGAUCAUUGCGAGCCAGGACGGCCUCGCGCGCUACCUCACCGAGCAGCACCCGCCGCCGCCCAAAGCCGUGCCUAAGUUGGAGCCCAAAGCCGAUGAGCUGAUCCUGAGCGCGGGCUGCCAGGACCGCGCCGUGUUCGUCCAGGCGCGCAUCUGGGCGAACCGCGAGGCGGCGCGGCGCAGCGAGGCCGGGCUGCAGCACCUGCUGCCCGCGGGGUGCCAGCUAGGCGAUGGGCCGCUCUACACGUGCCCCGAGGAGGCGCCCUACUGGCAGGUCAACGAGGAGGCGCAUGCGCGCAUCGAGGAGGUCCUCCGGGCGCGCCUCCAGGAGAAGAAGCGGGACCUCGCCUUUACGGAGCGCGUGCUCGCCCUGAGGUACCGUUUCCUGCGCGCCCUGUGGCGGCAGGAGCUUGAGGGCGUGCCUGCGCGGCCGGCGCUGGGCAAGGCGCGCGAGACCCCGCGGCUGUCCAAGGACAAGGCCAUCCGGCGUAUGGAGAGCGGCAGUGACCGCAAAGCCGCCGACGCCAAGGCGCCGCCCAAGUCCUCGCAGCGCUUCCGCCCGGGAGGGAAGCUCGACGCCGAGGAACUGCAGAUCGUGUCGCGGCUGCUGGCGGAGCCGGGCGGCGAGGUGCGCGGGCACCUCAAGAUGACGCCCAUGAUCCUGACGGACGAGGAGCGCGCCGCGCACAAGUUUGUGACGCGCAACGCGCUCGUGCGCGACCCCGUGCAGGAGGCGGCGCUGCACAAGCUGGUCAACCCCUGGACCGACGCCGAGCGCAAGCUCUUCCUCGAAAAGUACACAGUGUACAACAAGAACUUCAAGAAGAUUGCGUCCUUCCUGGAGCACAAGAGCACGGCCGACUGCAUCCGCUUCUACUACCUGCACCAGAAGAGCGAGGACUUCGACAAGGUGCGCCGCCGGCAGCAGCUCAAGAAGCGGCGCGACUACCGCGGCAACAACUCGUUCAUGGGCGUCAACGCGCUGGCCGGCACCACGGGCCGCCGCGACCGCGAGGCUAACGCGGCGCGCGUAGAGGCGCUGCCCGCGCUCACGGCUGUCAUGAAGGAGAGCAGCAAGGCCGCGCGCAGGGCCAUGGACCGCGGCAAGCCGCCCAGCAUGCCCGCCGACGUGGAGAGGGGGAGCCAGAGCAAGGUGGCUGCUGCUGCUGUUUCCGCUGUCGUUCGCGCCGACCGGGGCGGUCUCUUGGACCCCAUCUCUGGGGACGCCCCCCCCCGCAAGAAGAAGCGCGACAAGCUCAAGUUCCGGGGGGGACCUCCAAGACCGGAACAGAGCGAAGGGCCAGUGGGCGGGGAGGCCAACGCCGAGCCUGGGCCGGCGAGCGAGGGGGUGAUCAAGCGGGUGAGCAGUAAGGGCGCCCGCAGCAACCUGGGGCGCAAGGAGCGGCCGUGGCUGGAUACCGGUACCCCCACUGGCGCGGGCAGCGAGGAGCGCGUGCUGGGGCUGGCGUCCCCCGAGGACCCGGCGCUGCAGUGGACGGACCUGGAGCGGCAGACGUUCGUGGCGGCGAUCCGCGACAAGAGCAGCGCGCAGUGCAAGGCGUUCUUCAGCAAGAGCCGCAAGCGCCUGGGGCUGGACCGCCUGCUCGAGGAGCGCAGCCUCAAGGGCACACCGGGCGCAGGGCCGGAGGACGGGGGCGCCGCCAACAAUGGGGCUGCGCCGGAGGUGGGUACCGGCGAGAAGGUUGGGGUGGCGAGCGAGAGCGACGAGGACCGCACGAUUGCUGAGGUGGCCAGCAUCAAGGGCCAGGGGUCUGCGGACAAGGGCGCCCUGGAGGUGGCGGGUGGCGCAGCGGGGGGCGCCAAGGAGGCGGCGCCGUUUGGCAAGAAGGUGUCGAACGAGGAGCUGAAGCGGGAGCUGCAGCUGGGGCUGGCCAAGGUGCAGGAGAAGGCGGCCAUCCUGGGGCGCAAGGAGCAGGAGGUCAAGGCCAGCGCGGCGCCGCCGACGAAGCCGACGCUGGUGGUGAAGCCCCCCGCCGGCGUGGCCCCGGGGGUGCAGAAGUCGCCGACGUCGCUGCCGGGGGGGGCGGACGACGAGCUGCGGGCCGCCAUGACGCUGCUGGAGGCAAAGGAGGGGCUCAGCGACAGCGCAGACGAGAUGGAGAUGCGGCCCCUCGGGGAGGUGCUGAAAAGGAAGGGCUCGCUGGUGGGAGCAGGGGGGGACGCGCAGCGGCCGAAGAAGAAGAAGAAGGUCGAGAAGACAGUCGGGGCGGCGGAGGCAGGGGGGCCACCGAAGAAAAAGGCAGGCAAGCCGAAGGGCGAGGAGGCGGGGCCGGGCAGCCAGGGGGUUGAGCCGAAGCCUAUGAAGCCGAAGCCGAAGAAGUCGGGAGAGGGCAAGGCGUCGUCUGUGAAAGGGGAGCGGUCGGGGAAGGCGGCCUCCGAGGACCUGGAAGGGUCGGUGCACGGGGCCCCGUCGCUGUGGCGGGCGGUCCUGCCGAAAGAGGAGGGCGGGGCAGCGGACGGGCACGAGAUGUCACUGAUGGCGACGGAGGGGUCGCUGAGCUGCAGCGACAAGGAGGGCGACGAGGCGGGGGAGGUGUCUGCGCAGGCGCGGCCUGCCAAGGGGCCGGAGAAGAAGGCCAAGCCGCGGACCAAGAAGGCGGCGCCGGAGCAGGACGUCCCGGAGGCGGAGACGUUCACGGCGCUGCUGGCGGGGGGGGACUCCGACGAGUCCAGCGGGGAGCCGAUCCUGGGUCCCGGGAAGCAGGCGCCCGCGGCGGCGGCAGCGGGCAAGAAGAGGGACGGGGGGGACAAGACGCCGGGCGAGCGCAAGAUUGCGGUGUGGACGCAGGAGGAGAAGGACCGGUUCGGGGAGAUGAUGACGCGGCAGGGCAAGAAGAAGGACUGGGAGCAGCUGCAGGAGGCGUUCCCCAACAAGACGCUGCAGCAGCUGCGCACGCACUUCCAGAACUCCAAGGCCAAGCGGCUCAAGGAGCUUGAGCGGGAGGCCGCGCAGGCGGAGAAGGACAAGGAGCGGCACAAGGACAAGGACAAGGAGAGAGACAAAGAGAAGGAGAAGGAAAAGGAAAAGGAGAGGGAGAGGGAGAGGGAGAGGGAGAGGGAGAGCACCCCCACACCUGCGCCGCCUGCCCGCGCGCUCGCCGCGACACCGCCCCUCCCGGAGGGCCUGCGCGAGGUGUUCAGCCCGGACCAGGUGCAGCAGCUGCAAAAGCUGCAGGCGCACCUCGAGAGCGAGCGCGCCGCCAAGCUGCUCGCAGCCACAUUCGACACUUCCAAGCACAGCGAGCCGCCGUCCUCUCGGGAGGUCGCCCAGCCCGGGUUGGCCGGCUCUGCGUCUCUCACCAUCCCGCUGCCAGGGCGGGUGCGCCCCAUGACGCCGCCCCCAGCCCCAAGCCAAGCCCACCCCGCCCCUGGAAGUCGUCUCCCCCCCCAGAAGAAGCGCAAGCUCGAAGACGAGCAGCCCGAGAUGGGGGGGAUCAACGCGGGACCACCUCGGCAGGAGGCUGCCCCGUCGUUUGCAGCGACUCCCAGCUUCCUGGGGAAGGGCGCCAUCCGAGGGGAGGAGCAGCCGGCCCGCUCUGCCGGCGGCAGCUCCGGCUUUGCAGCGCUGCUGCAGGGAGCGGGGCCUGGCGGCGGCAGCGGCGGGGGCGGUGGCGGUAGUAUGGGAGGCAAGCCGGCGGGGCUGGCCAACCCGUUCAUGCAGCCAAGCGCUCGGCUUCCAGUGGACGUGAGCGAGCAGCACCGCCAGCUGGCCCUGCUCAUGCAGGCCAACGGCAUGGGGGGCCCGGCCGCGUUCCCUCCGGGGAUGUUCCCGCCCUUCCUCUUCCCGGGGUUGAUGCCCAUGCUCAUGGGGGGGCUCGGCCAGGCCGGCAUACCCCCGCAGAUGGCUGUCGCUGCCGCUGCUGCAGCUGCUGCCGGCGGUGCCCCUCCUCGGCUGGGCCCGUUCGGCGGCCCCCCACGGCGGCCGUCGGAGCAGGAGCUGCAGCACAGCCUGGAGGUGCAGCAGCAGAUGGGCCAGCGCCUGCCCGACGACUACAUGGCAGCAGCGCUGCGCAGCGCCGCGGGGCAGGCCGCGCCAGGCGGGCAGGGGCAGCGCGACGCAGGCCUGCGCGAGCGGCCCAACUCGUCGGACGUGGGCGAGGGCCGGGGCCCGAGCAGCAAGGGGCGGUCCACCCCCCUGGACGACAUGCGGUCCCUCUCGCCGCCGCCCCUGCAGACCAUGCGAUCCAGCCAGCAGCACGAGCUGCACGAGCAAGAGCAGCCCCGUCCCACGGCUGCCCCGCCGCCCGCUUCCUCGCUGCGGGCCAGUUCGGGCAGCAUCAAGCUGUUUGGCCAGUCGGUGGGCCCACAGUCGUCCCCUCCCCAGCAGCCCCUCCGCCCCGCCGUGCACGCCCCCGUGCCCCGCUCCUCCGAGGGCUUCCGGGGCCCGGAGGGCCUUUCUCUGGAGCGGCCCCCCCCGCCGCACUCCCUGCACAGCGCUCGAGACGGGCUGGACCGCAGGGGGUCGGACGAGAGGAAGGAGGACGGCCGUACGGAGCCGCCUUUUUGGGCAGCGAGCGCCUCGGGCGGGGGGACCGGGUGGGGGCGGCCCGAGGGCGGCCCGUCCGCGCUGCCGCACUGGAUGGUCGAGCAGCGCCCGACGGAGCACGAGCAGGGAGGGGGACCGCGCGCACGGGAGGAGGCAAACGAGGGGCGCAGCUCCCGAGGGGUCGAGGGGGCGGCCUCGCCGAUGAGCGGCAGCAGCCUGCAGGAGGCCAUGGCGCGCCUGCUAGCACUGGACCCGCGCGCAGCACUGCCCGACAGGGACCGCGAUGGGGGGCGGCAUGGUGCGGAGGCAAGCGGCGACAAGAAGGGGCACGAGGGCAUGAGAAUGGCAAGCGACGGCGGGACGCGCUCGAAGAGCGAAGCGAGCGGGAUGUUAAGGGACAGGGCCGGACAAGGGGGGGAGCGGCGUCCGCUCGAGGGCACAGCACCGGGCAACAGGGGCGGGGGAAGAGAAAUGGGGGGCGGGGGCGGAGGGCUGGCUCUUUCAGACGGCCCUGGCGGGAUUAGCAUGGACAACAUGCGCACAGCAUACGAGGCCAUGGCGGCUGCGCGGGAGGCGGGGGGUCCCGCCCAGGAUGGGGGCGGUGCACGAGACAUGCCGCGGAACGUGGGGCCGGGGAGCUUGCCUCCGUGGAUGCAGCAGGGGCCCGUGCCCGAGGGGCAUCAUGCGGCAGUGCGCCCCGAUAUGUUCUUCCCCAACGUGGGAAUGGCAGGGUGGCCGGGGGCGAUGCCACAGCAUCCGGCCGCUCAAGCGCAGAUGGCGCUCAUGAUUCAAACCUUCGCCUUGCAACAAGCACUGCAGCAGCAGCAACAGCAGCAGCAACAACAACAGCGGCAAUAUCGGCCGUCCGACUCUCGAGAGGGCCGAGAGCAGGGACCUGGAAACAACGCGCCAUAGGACGGCUCGUGUUGCAUGUGACUCCGGGGUCGUCACUUUCACUACAGCUUCCUUUGUGUACCCAAACGCCUGGUCCAAUUUUCUCACCAUACAUAGCGAUGCAUGUAAAGUAGCGUGUCUUGGAGGAUGAGGUCUUGCAGGAAUGGGUUAGGAAAGGCUUAGAAACUGUGUUACGUGCUCUGCCAGCGUUAGGUAGGAGUAUGUGAUGAGUUGCGCAUGUUGUUGCUCGCAAUAACAGGUAAAUUCGCCCUGAAUUUCCGAAGGGUGUGGUCUAGGUCAUCAGUACAUUGUAACCAUCAUGACAUGAAUCUCAGGCAUGGCUCACAUUAAUACUACAUGCGCAAUUGCAAAG